UCUCUUCACUCAUCUUUUUCUCUGUGGGUUUGUUCAACUGAAAGCAGGACAACUGGCGACUGAAAUGGGCGAAUGGGAUCUGCUGGGCCGCCUGCUGGACAAAGUGCAGAGCCACUCCACGGUGAUCGGCAAGGUCUGGCUCACCGUGCUGUUCAUCUUCCGCAUCAUGGUCCUGCGCACCGGGGCUGAGAAGGUGUGGAGUGAUGAGCAGUCCGACUUUGUCUGCAACACCCAGCAGCCCGGCUGUGAGAACGUCUGCUACGACAUGGCCUUCCCCAUCUCUCAUGUUCGCUUUUGGGUCCUGCAGAUUAUUGCUGUGGCGACUCCCAAGCUGCUUUACCUUGGCCACUGCCUGCAUGUGAUCCACUUGGAGAAGAAGGUGAAGGAGAGGAUGAAGAAGCAGGCUGAGUUGGAUGACCAGACCAGCCUCUUCCUCAGGAGAACCUACAAAAUCCCCAAGUACACGAAAAGCACCGGGAAGAUCAGCAUCCGCGGACGACUCCUUCGCAGUUACGUCCUCCAUCUCGUGGCCAAGAUCGUCCUGGAGGUCUUGUUCAUCCUGGGUCAGUACUUUCUCUACGGCUUCACCCUGGCGCCUCGCUACGAAUGCGAGCGCUCGCCCUGCCCCCACAAAGUGGACUGUUUCCUGUCCAGACCCACGGAGAAGUCGGUCAUCAUCUGGUUCAUGCUGGUCUCUGCGCUCGUGUCCCUGGCCCUCAGCCUGGUGGAGCUCUUCUACCUGUUUGUGAAAUCCGUGAAGGAGUGCAUGGCGAGGAGGCAGGACUACACCGUGACCCCCGUGACGCCCCCGCCUUCCGAGAGGAAAGCGUUUAAAACCCGUGACGAGAUGAUACAAAAUUGCGUCAACCUGGAACUGGAGCUACAAGGGCGAAAGUUAGGGGUCAACGGGGUCAACGGGGUCAACGAGAGGAGUAAGAUAAUACUGCCUGAGAGCAACAGUUUGGGAGGGGAGGUGCACAUCUGAAACAUGAGGUUGAACGUGUCCAAUUCAAAACAAAUCAUAUCAACUCAAGAUUUAUUAUAGCCCCAAAUCACAAGAAAUGCCUCAAAGGGCUGUACAAAGCAAACACAAGCAAAAUACAAACGUCAUAGCAUACAAAUUAUAAAAACAUUAUACAACGACAUAAGUAUUGCUAUGUGAUAAAAGCAUGUGACUGAAGUGAUGGUAAUGAUGAACGGAAACUAGGUGAUGGAAAUUAGUUGACAAGGAAGACAGAUGUGAAGAGAUGGGUUUUUCAGUUUGCUUUUAAAGGAGUCAACAGAAAUAGCUUCGCGGAUCUGAAAUGGAAGACGAUUCCAAAGGAGAGGCGUUCGGAAUGAAAAAGCUCUGCCACCUACGGGCGAUUUGUGAAUUCGGGGGAUGGAAAGGAGAAUGAGUUCCAGUGUUUGUGUGCUUUGGUUCUAGAGGGGAAACAUAUGUGUGUUUGUCUGUCUGUCUGUCUGUCUGUCUGUGUGUG